AUGCCGAGUAUUUUGGAAACACGUCUUGACAUUAAAUUUAUAAGGACUUAUAAUGUCCUGAACGACCUCCAGAUCACAAAUCUUGUCUAUGAACGAAAGUUGUUUGCCCAGAAAACCGCAAUCCGAGAGAUUACCAAAGAAGAGUGUCAACAAAUGUUAAAACUCGAAUUGAACGUCAUGACACUUUGUGGUUUAGCCUUGGACGAGUACUUUAUUCCUAAAUCUUUAUUUAUCAAUGAGAGAGUCAGUAUCAUGAAAGUGUUGUGCAAUCGAAUUGAUCACUUGUACUUCAGUAUGUUUCAAAUGUUUUCUAUUGGAUGUGUGUUAUUGGUAGAGUACAUGGCAUUUCAAUCAAAAAAUAAACAGUUUAUAACCAACGAAAGCCAUCCGCUAAUCGUAUUAAUGUCGAAAAAAAAAUGCGAUCCUGCAAUGUAUUCAGCAGCAGCUACGUUCGAAUAUGAACAACAUGAUAUCGAGAUGGCUAGGCGAUACAUCGAAGAAGGAAUUAUAAAUCACCCAAAUAAUCAAACUCUUUAUUUAGAACAAUUGUGGAUUGAAGUGAUGCACUUGGGUGAUGUAGAAGGCGGUGAUUUGAAUGAAUUGAAAGCAAUUCAAAUUUAUAAAAAUGCAAUAAAAAUUUUCGAAAUGGACAUGGAUUUUCAUAUGUCAUUGAUAAACAGAUCUAUAGAAGUAAAACCCAUAUGGAGAAUACAGAACGAAAUUGUCUGUGAUUUAAUUGUAAUAUACAAACAAAGUGAUGUUAUGUGGCAUAAAGUUGCUACAUUGUGCGCUGACGGAUUUAUAUUCGACCACGAUGAUAGCUCCUUCGGAUACUUCACAGACUUCAAAAAAAGAGCGAGGAGUUGUAUUCAAACAUACAAUGAAGGAUUGAAACAUGUAUUAGGCAUCACAAGAAAACGUAAUUUGAUGAAAUUGCUUACUGAAUAUAUAAUAAAACUUUGGAAAUAUAAUAAAGGUAUUCAAAUAUUGGAAAUCAAUGACCUCGUGAAAAGGGAAAUGAAAAAGGCAUUCCUGAUGGGCCACUUUGACCUUGGAGGUCUCCACAACCCAGAAUAUUACGUUUAUUGGGCGGUACUUUCUGAAGAGAAUCGUCCCGAAAUAUUACAAUUGGCGAUCGAUUGCAACAAAGACAACGUUCAAGUGUGGGCUGAAGUUUUAGAAUAUAAUGUCGUACAUUUCGAUAGUUAUAGAACAGUAAAAAAGACUUUUGAUAUCGGCAAUCAGGCAUUGGGAAACAAGUCAUCUAUGUUGUGGAAAAUUAUGGAUUCGUUUUUGCAACAGUACUGUGACGUCACACUGCUUGGGAAGUUUUAUGAAGAUGGCGCCAAGAGCCCCUACCAAGAGAUCAGCAAUGUGUACAAAGUCGACUACCUUGAAUGGCUUCAUAUGUACGAAGGCAUAUCCUCUGCUCGAGAACAGUUCAACCAAUUGAAAAACUUAAAACCGGAGAACAAAAAAUUGUACACGAACAUGAUUGAGUACGAGAAACUACAAGAGCCGAUCAACGUCAGCACCAUAAGAAACCUGUACGACCUCGCGUGCUCGACAUUUUGCCGUCAAGGCACUGAAGUCAGUUUAUUUGCAAAAUGCAUUGAGUUCGAGUUAACAUACGUUGGGAGUUCUACGGCCGAAAGAAUCUAUAAGGUGGCGUUGCGGAUUCUCAAACCACAUUUGAGGACUGAUUUGAAACGCAUGUACAAGACGAUAAAUGAAGCUCACAGAAAACGCACCGUUACUAUCGACCCAGUUAUUAUUGAAAUUUCAGACGAUGAAGAAUAG